AUAACAUAAACAUCUAGUUCUUUUGGACAUUUGUUGCCAUCUACAUAGUCACUGUCAGGGUUCUAGAGCAGAGUUUGGGGCAUGCAGCAUAAUCUGACAGACUCUUCCUCACCGGGAAACAGAAUUGACCAUGGAGGCACAAGUGGGGUCUGCAAUGUAGAGGACACAAGCCAGGAGCAUGUUGGGAUGGGAUGCUAGCACACAGUGGCUUGUGGGGGCGAGGCACCACAGGAAGCAGUUGGCCUGCUGCUGCGGAUCUGCUGGUUGUGCCCUCUGCUGUGGCUGCUGCCCUAAGUUCCGGCAAUCUCGGAGCACCCGCUUCAUGUAUUUAUUCUACUUCACCCUGGUCAUCAUCCCCUGCUGCGUGAUGAUGUCGCCCUCUGUGAUGAAGCAGAUGAAGGAGCACAUUCCCUUUUUUGAAGACUUCUGUAAAGGCAUCAAAGCGGGCGACACCUGUGAGAACCUGGUGGGCUAUUCCGCGGUGUACAGAGUCUGCUUUGGAAUGGCUUGUUUCUUCUUUGUGUUUUGUGUGCUGACCUUAAAAGUCAACAACAGCAAAAGUUGCCGGGCCUCCAUUCACAACGGCUUUUGGUUCUUUAAAUUGCUGCUGUUAGGGGCCAUGUGUUCAGGAGCAUUCUUCAUUCCGGAUCAGGAGACCUUUCUGAAUGUCUGGCGCUAUGUGGGAGCUGUGGGGAGCUUCAUCUUCAUUUGUAUCCAGCUCCUCCUGAUUGUGGAGUUUGCACAUAAAUGGAACAAGAACUGGACUGCAGGCACCGUCCGUAAUAAGCUGUGGUACGCCUCCCUGUCGCUGGCGACACUCAUCAUGUAUUCCAUUGCCGUUGGCGGCUUGGCCUUGAUGGCAGUGUUCUACACACAGUGGGAUGACUGCAUGGACAACAAGAUUCUCCUGGGAGUGCACGGUGGCCUAUGUGUGCUAAUCUCUCUGGCAGCCAUCUCGCCCUGUGUCCAGAAUCGACAGCCACACUCUGGGCUGCUGCAGCCAGGGCUCAUAAGCUGCUAUGUCACCUACCUCACCUUCUCAGCACUGACCAGCAAGCCCGAAAAAGUAGUCAAAGAUGAACACGGGAAGAAUGUCACCAUAUGUGUGCCUGACUUCGGGCAAGACUUUCGUCGAGAUGAAAGCAUGGUGACCUGGCUGGGCACCCUUCUCUUAGUUGUGUGCAUCUCAUAUUCAUGUUUGACAUCAACGACGAGGUCGAGCUCGGACGCCCUGCAGCGGCGAUACGGAGCUCCUGAGCUGGAGGUGGCCCGGUGCUGUUUCUGCUUCGGUCCAGAUGGGGAAGACACCGAAGAGCAGCAGAAUGUCAAGGAGGGACCCAGGGUCAUUUACGAUGAGAAGAAAGGCACCGUCUACAGCUACUCCUAUUUCCACUUUGUCUUGCUCCUGGCUUCCCUCUACGUGAUGAUGACUUUGACCAGCUGGUUCCACUACGAAAACGCCACCAUUGAGACCUUCUUCGUUGGGAGCUGGUCCAUCUUCUGGGUCAAGAUGGCGUCCUGUUGGAUGUGUGUGCUGCUGUACCUGUGGACCCUGGUGGCGCCCCUUUGCUGUCCUUCCAGGCAGUUCUCUGUCUGAGGAUGUCCAGGUGCCCCACAGCUCAGCAGGCCUGUGCCCACUCUGGAGGGCUGCCCCUGGAACGUGUGCACCAGGGGUUAAGCAGCAGCUGGUGCCCUGUGCAAAGCUGACAUCCCCAGGCUAGCUUAAGUAGGCCUGACAAAGCACCAUCUCCAGAUGAGCUUCUCACUGUUAAGUCCAAAAGGAAACAAACUACCAGUUUGCUCUACAGGAAUUGAACCCCGUAGCCAAGCUGGUAGGUGCGGUUAUAUCGUCUCUGUAUGCCUUACCCACAAGCUAGCUAGAGUUUUGCUGCUGCCGUUCCCAGGUGUGCAGAGCUGGGGGCACAGCAGCCACCACAGGGAGAGCACGGCCUUUCUGGCCUGCCACUCUCAUCCUUGGCAUAAAGAGCAACAACAAAACACUGAGUCCUCAGCCUGAGGUGGGCCUGUUCUCUGUCACUCACUCUUGCCCCCUGGAGCCCCCACAGCUCCUGUUUAUACAGAGUACAGAGGAAGCCCCCCCCCUUUGAGUUCCCCUUUGAGUCCACCUCAACUACUUCUGCAUGUCCCUGCCCCAGCAUUUUCUAUUGAGGUCAUGAUGCUGGGAGUCACGGCCUUCCCGUCCCCUCUGCGCCUGACAGAAGUCCUUCAUUCUUGUCUAGGGUAGUGUCUAUAAUAAUGUGAAAAGCACAGUUUGCUCCCACCUCUGUAGGACACUCCACCAUGCUUCCCCUACCCGAUGCAGGUCACUGCAGUAAUCCUGGUGACCGUGUCCAUGCCUGUAAAACACGGUGCUUGCUGUUAUCUUGCCCAGGCAGUGGAGGAUUACAGUUCUUACUUGUUUGUCUCAUUAACAGGAAUGCUUUAAGGAUCUUAACAAAAACGUUGCUUCUUUACUGCAGCCUGCCACACCCUCUCAGAGUGUUAAGGUCAGCUCCCCUGGUUCUCCCCCACCAUGAGGCCUUCCUCACUUACAGUGUGUCCCCAAUGCUAACAUCAUAGAUUUUUGGAAGUAGAGAAAGGCUGGGGUGAGGAUCCAGGCAGCCUCUAACAGAGCUGGCCAGACAGAUUGGCUGGACAAGCUGUGGAAGUGCGGAAUUAGACUGAGAUGCAAAAGCAGGUGAUUGGGGUAUCUCACAAAACUACGACUAUAUCCACAGAAGUUCCCAGAUAUGGUUUUGGAAAGUAAUGCUCACGUGUGUGCAUUUUAGUGCUGGUGUUCUUGGCAAGGGAGGAGAUUUCCCCAGGCAAGUCAGGCAGAACCGGGACCACCUAAGCCCAGUUCCCGCAUGCCGAAAUGUCAGAUUCUUCACUUCUGCUCACUCCUGUGCCCCUGCUAAAAGGACCCAGGGGAAAGAAAUAGCAAAUUCUUUGGAGAACUUGCCUGGUUUACAGUAUUAGAGAUCCUGUCUUAAAAGGUAUACAAAUAAGGACAUUUAUUUGUCUGUAAACUUCAUCAUAAUUCCUGGUAUAGGAGGAAGAGGUCAGGGCCUCUCAGCAGAUCAGACACAGGAGAAUCACAGAAAGCAUAGCUAUACCCUAACUCUAACAAGUCUAGUUAAUCCAAUAGGAAUGGGACCCUCAAAAACUGGGAAUGAAUGGUUCAGAAAGUGGCCUGUGCCAGCCAGCUCCGUGCAGCAGCCCCUGCUGUGCCUGAGGGAGGUUCUGUGACCGAGGCAGAGGGGAACUCAGGUAGUAGCAGUAUUGUUUUUCGAAGGUCAGUCUUCUCUGCUGAGACUGGCAGCCUCAUGCCAGGUCACAGCCAGGCUGACAAGGCCACACAUUCCUGGGCUGGCCUCUUUUGGCCCCUUUUCCUCUCGUAAAGCAGCUCAGGCAAACCCAGUCAGAACCAGUGACAUAGCCCCAGUGGCUUCCCUCUGAACCAACCAAGCCCCACUCACUCUCCGGCUGCCUGAGUCUUGGUUGAGUGCAUGCCCCGUCCUUCAGAAGUUAGGUCUCACCGGAGGAAGAGCUGGCCAUGCCCUUCUUUACUCUCAGCUGAUGGUAUUGGAUUGAUGGUCAGAAUGAAGGUGGCUGUGCUUGAGGAUGAAUGGUUUCCAAGUAAGCUAUACCUAAGAAUUGAACCUUUAAUCUCAGCCGAAGCCUGGGGAGCUCUGAGAUUUCUAGGCCAGCUAGACCCUAUUUCAAAACAAAAGGUUAACAUUUGUGAUCAGCUGUGAGAAACUACUCAGGUAGAAGCCUGUUUGUGAGCUUAAGAACACUGUUGUUUGUGAGACUUGAGAAAACUGAAAAGUGUGCCAUUGCUCUGGGGUUAACAGCAGCAAAGCUCACUUGCUUGUUCCACCGGUGACUUUUAACGAUACAGACCUUUGCUUUGAGCAGUACCGGGGCAGAACUGAAAAUGCAUGCUUUAAAGCUCUGCCACUUAGCCAUGCAGCCCUGGAGGCAGAGUUUUGGAAAUCAUGGGUUCUCUCCCUCUCGUUUUUGUGAGUAAAACGUUAGUUAUGCCAGGGAAAGAUUCUCCUGAGGUCUCGUUCCCACUGACCUAGUUCCCACCCCAUUGCUGAGUCCUGCUUUGUGGUGCUGGAUAGCUGCUCUGGGCUUCUUGGGAAGUCAGCACAUGACUUGUUCUCCAGAGGUUUGGGGAGUUUUAUAUAGUGAGUGAAUGGUGAUGUGGAAAGAGUUGUAGGAGCAUAGAGUAUUGAGACUUUGGGGUUCCGAAUCCCAUAAGGAGUGGCCAAUGAGAGACAUAGUGCCAUGUUUCCAUGGAGACUUCACUCGAGUGUUAAUUGCUCCCUUCCCAAAUUGUCACCCUCUGCCUUUAUCCGAUGAUGUACUCAUGUAAACUUUGUGGAAUGGCCCGUCCUUGGUGCUUCAUAUUACCCUGGAAAGAGAGCUCCAGAGCCUGCAUUUAAACUUCUGGGCUUCUCUUCUUCCAUUGCCUUUCUAAGCAGUGGCUCUUUUUUAUGUGCUGAAGCAAACCAGUGCACAUCCCACAUACUGCCAAGAAGUGAAAGGGCGUCAGGAAGACGAGCUCCAGAGAGGACCCUGGGCCUCCUCCAUCAGACAUGAGCUUGCAAUCUGGUCAUAGACUCUCAAGGUUUCUUCUGAGACUCACUCACUAGUAAGCAUUUUCAUUUCCUGCAGAGACGAGCUCUCUGGCAUUGGGGUGACUUCAGUAGAUAGGUGAGCCAACAAGAGGGCUUGAGCUCGUUCUCAUUUUCUGUUUUCUAUUGGUGAAGCACUCACAGAGACAAGUUAUUUCGAAAGGCCGGAACACUUGGCUUUUACCAAAGAGGUGUAUUUAAUUUUGUUUUAGUUGCGCAAGGGCAGAGCCAGAAUGCAUUCGUCCAGUUGACUUCCAGAAGCUUAACCACAUUCAUGUGAGGGAAAUGAUAGAAGUCUUUAAGGUAAUCCUUUGGGAUCCUGGGAAAUUCUCUCAGGUAAAGAAAGAUUACAGCAGAUGAGUAAUAUAUGUCUUGAGAGCUAUUUAUAAAAACUGUAAGAGGAUCAUUUUGUUUCCAUUUAUUAAAGAUUUAAACUUUUUUACUUUGUAAAGAAAAACUACAUUUUUAUAGUCAUAACUGUUAAUUUUUUUAAGAAAGAUUUUUUUGGAAACAAUUAGCUGUAGCCAAAUUUUGUGGUUACAGUUUUGCUAUAGUGGAGUUUGAAUGCAAUUUCUGUGGUAAGUCUACUGUUGUUUAUAAAGGUCUCCGACCUGGUUAGAUUUUGCUACCUUUUAAAAUAGUUAUUUUUUCCCCAUUAGCCACAAAGCCAAUUAUGGAUUUGUAUUUGUUUUUCCAAUGCUAAUUUUUCUAUGAAGCACCUGAAAUUAACUGGCCUUUUCCUAUGUAGAAAACUCAAACUUGUUAACUGUGUAUUUAAUAAAAUGUAAACUUGAAAA